AUGUUUACUAUAUCUAAAGUCAUUUUGUACACAGAUGAAUUAAACGACAGAAUAUCUAGUUUCCUAGGAUUUAACCUCUAUGUGUCCAACUCAACAAAUAGAUUAAAUGGAAUACUGUGUUUCAAAGACAUUGAAUUCAAUAAAAGUACUAUACCAGAGGUAUUCAACACGACGUGCCGUAUGUUUGGACAAUAUGUCAUCUACUACAAUGAGAGAUUAUCCGGAGUUAACUAUCCAAGCGACUACAAUGAUGCUGCUGAGAACGAUCUUUGUGAGGUAGAGGUAUAUGGGUGUCCAACACUAAACCCGGAUUGUGAUGUAUGGGAUCCAAUAAUGUGUGCCUGUCUGGUUUGUAAACCCAGCUAUAUGGACAUUGAAACACAGCAUGAAACAACAGAUUGGCCCAUUGGUUCAUAUGGACACUACUAUGAUGAAAUGUGUGGUCAUUGUAAAGAUCCAACCCAAUGUUCCCCUUAUACUGGGAUAUGUCUCACAGGAUGUAGUGCUGGAUAUUUUGGACCGUCGUGCAAAGAAGAGUGUCAUAUUGGUAACUAUGGAUACAACUGCAAUGAGACAUGUGGUCAUUGCAAUGAUAUAUCGCAAUGCUCCACUACGAACGGAAUCUGUCACACGGGAUGUUCUUAUGGGUACACCGGAGAUUGUGACAUUGGUCAUUAUGGAUCUGGAGCUACUGGAAAUACACUGCAUGACGAACUAGCAGAAGACGAAGAUGAGGAUGAGGACGAAACACUUAGGCUCCUCUUCCUAGCAGGAAGAGCUACUGGGGAGGGCGACUGUCUCUCCUGA